AUGGAAACCAGUGAAUUAUCGCAUUUAAAUCAAGUGAAGAGUGAAACCGUCGAAAAUGACAACAAACCGGAAAGAGUUUACACAUUCAGUGAAAAAUUCAAAAUGGUGGCGACAAACAUCACCGUGGAGCCGAUCAUGCUCUGCUACGAUAUUCCGCAUGUGGUGGCAUCCUUGGCAAUGCAACACUUAAAUCUUGAGAAAGCCUGCCGUGUUGAUCUCAAUUAUACAACAUCGAUUUGUGAUGCGAUGGCAGUGCACAACGAGACAGGUUAUGCCAAAGAAGACGAAGCCAUUGUGCAAAAAUACGUCGCAUCCGCAAUGGCAUAUCGUAGUAUCCUGCAAAGCGUCAUACCAACAAUCCUAGUUUUAUUCUUAGGAUCAUGGAGUGAUCGCCAUCAGAAACGUAAACCAUGUAUAAUCCUACCAUUAUUCGGAGAAGUUGUAUUAGUACUUGGAUUAACAAUAAGCACAUACUUCUUUUAUGAAAUGCCAAUUAUCUACAAUGUGUUCAUCGAAGGGCUGCCACCUGCUUUGACAGGAGGUGUGCAUUCAAUAGACAUGGCCGUUUUUGCUUACAUCAGCAGUGUAACCACCUUGGAAGAGCGUACAGUGCGUGUAGGCGCUGUGAAUUUAAUCAUUACCGUCGCUGGGACAAUUGGUUCGGCAAUUUGCGGUGUACUCUACUACAAACUUGGUUUUUACGGUUGUUAUGUAUUAACAAUAUCCGCGUACACCUUCGGAAUUUUUACACCAUGA